AUGGAAGUAACGCAUUAUAGUGGACCAACUGGUUUGACCGAGCGAAAAGAAAAACCCGCACAGAAAGUCGAGUUAAUGAAAAGCCCUAAAGACUUAUUCGCAAGAUACACAAUUGAGGACAUAAAGGACUGGAAGUCUCUUGAUCUGUACUAUUUGAUGGGGUUCUCGCAGGAGGAUGCGAAGAUGUAUACAGAAGAAAAGUUCAAAGUGGCAUUUAGAAAACAGGCCAAACUGUUCCACCCAGACAAACUUCUCUCAUGCAAAAUAGAAGAUGGAGGCGCAUCUUUCAUUGCCCUCACAAAGGCGCACGAGGUUCUCAGCAACCCACACAAAAGGAAGCUCUAUGAUUUCAUUGCCUUCGAUGAAACAAUUCCUGCAGACAAGGAGUACACAACAGAAGAAUUUUUCUCCGUCUUUGACGAGGCGUUUACCAGAAAUUCUGUAUUCAGCGCAAAGCCAUACACUGUGUCACUUGGAAACAUUGACUCCAAGGACGCCGACAUUGUGACAUUCUACAAAUUCUGGCAGAACUUUGAGUCCAUCCGUGCGUUUGAGUUCCUUUGCAAGGACGAAGACUACCAAAGUAGAGAGAUGCGAAGACAGGCUGCAGCCGAGAACAAGCAGCUGCUUGACGAGAAAAAAAUGAAAGACAACCAGAGAAUUAGAAGCCUUGUGGCUCUGGCAAUAAAGUACGACCCAAGGGUAAACAAAGAAAGCAAGGCCAAGCCAAAGCAGGAGAUAACAUUUGACUCUGAUGGGUGGAAGAACACCGAGGUUGAUGCCCUGACAAAGAUUGCAGCAAAAACCCCUAUUAGGACAAAGAACCGAAUAGAUAUUAUAUUCUCUGCUCUAUCCAGAUUUGCCCCAUCGCGCAACAAGAGAGACGUCCAGGCGAAGCUGCUAAAAAUAGAUGCUUCUCUGCAGAAGAAUACUCAGAGAAAGUAA